AGUAGAUCUAAGAUAUCCUCAUCAUUGGCACAUAAAAAAAACUAACCGAGGGAGUCUGUGCAGAGGUCACACAACACGGUGAUUGAGACCCGAAAACAGAGCAAGGAGGACAAGAUUCAGGACCGGAGUCGGGACCAGAAUCAGGACCAGAUCCAGAGUCAGGACCAGAUCCAGGACCAGAUCCAGAACCCGAGUCAGGACCAGACCCAGGACUAGAAUCAGAACCAGAUCCAGGACUAGAGUCAGAACCAGAUCCAGAACUGGAGUCAGGACCAGAUCCAGGAAUAGAGUCAGAACCAGCGUCAGAACCAGAUCCAGGACUAUAGUCAGAACCAGACCCAGGACUAGAAUCAGAACCAGAUCCAGGACUAGAGUCAGAACCAGAUCCAGAACUGGAGUCAGGACCAGAUCCAGGAAUAGUCAGAACCAGCGUCAGAACCAGAUCCAGGACUAGAGUCAGAACCAGACCCAGGACUAGAGUCAGAACCAGAUCCAGGACUAGAGUCAGAUCCAGAGUCAGAACCGGAUCCAGGACUAGAGUCAGAACCAGACCCAGGACUAGAGUCAGAACCAGAUCCAGGACUAGAGUCAGAACCAGAGUCAGAACCGGGUCCAGGACUAGAGUCAGAACCAGAGUCAGAACCGGAUCCAGGACUAGAGUCAGAACCGGAUCCAGGAAUAGAGUCAGAACCAGAUCCAGAACCAGUGUCAGAACCAGAACCGGAGUCAGAGUCAGAACCAGAGCCAGGACCAGAUCCAGGACCAGAGUCGGGACCAAAGUCAGGAUGGGGUGUAACAUGUGUGUGGUGAACCGGCCGGAGCAACAGUACAAAGUUAUGUUCCAGAAGGGCUACAUAAACGGGACACUGAGACCUCUUGAUGGACAUUGCAACAAGGUCAAAGGAAGGAGACCAUCUCAGCUGCCCCAGGAGAGAAAUACUCCAAACUCCAACUCCCAGGGUCCUGUGCUGCUGCAGGUGGUGGGAUGUAGAGGCUACCGGAGUAAUGGUGGCACCUUGGGGCCAGGGGGUACCCUGGGUAAUGUAGGCACCAUGGGGCUGGUGUCCAUCCCGGACUGUGUGGAUAACUGCACUCAAACUGACAUUAGCUUCCAGAAUAUUCUGACCGUGGGGAGGUCAACCCACCACCAAUCCCAUGGCGGCUCCUCACCCACGCAACCACCACCCUCUCCUCCACUGCCUCACCUCAUGGACCCUUAUCUACUGAAUGAGUUCUGUACCUACGAUCACGAGUACAACGAUCCCAACGACUACUUUGACAUAGCUCACCACGAAGUGGACAGACAAGAGGAACUGGAGUACGAGGAGGUGGAGCUGUAUAAGUCCAGUCAACAGGACAAGCUGGGGUUGACAGUGUGUUACUGUACAGAUGAUGAGGAGGACCUGGGAAUAUAUGUAGGAGAGGUCAAUCCCAACAGUAUAGCAGCAAAGAACGGACGUAUCCGUGAGGGAGACAGAAUUCUGCAGAUAAAUGGUAUUGACAUCCAGAACAGAGAAGAGGCGGUGGCCAUUUUGACCAGAGAGGACAGCAUCAACUUCUCACUGCUGCUGGCCAGACCCGACAUAGAGAACGAGCACCAGGUGGGCCCAGAGGAGGUGGAUAUGGAGAUACCUAUCAGCAUGAAUGUUGAGGCCCUCCACACCAGCCACCUGCCCAGCCUCUACAGAGAGGGGCCACACACCCCCACCCACAUCCUUAGUCUGACUACUCUCAGUAACAGUCAGGAGCUGGACAGUGGCGUGGGCCGUACAGACGAAAGCACCCACAACGCUGAGUCCUCUGAACAUGACCUGCUGGGAGAGGACCAGGACCAGACGAGCGCCCCAAACACCAACACAACCAACACCCCAGGCAGCAUGAGGAAAUUCAGGCCUGGGAAUACACCCUCGUCCCCCUCGCCCCACCUCCAAGAGAUCCACCUCAGUAAUGACUCCCAGCCAAGGGUGGGGCUGUAUGGAGGAAAGGGACUGGGGGGGGGUUUGGGGACAGGGUUGGGGGGGUACGUACCCGACCCACUGAUGAUGAUGAUGAUGAUGCCGGGUCUGACUGAGGAAGAGUGCGAGAGGUACAGGGAGCUACUAAAGAUCCGGUGUCAGUUUGAAAGGAACAGGAAGCUUUCUGAGAGAAGCCAGGGAGGAAGAUCAGGUACUGAGGAGGAGGAGGGUGAGGAGGGUGAGGGUGAAGGGGGGAGUGACCCAAAAGUCGAUGUAAACUGCAACGAGAGCAUGACGCAACAUGAGAUGGCGUUGUUAGAGGAGGAACUACGUCAUCUAGAGUUUAAGUGCCGCAACAUCCUGAGAGUGCAGAAGAUGCAACAGCUGAGAGAACGAUGCAUGAAGGCGUGGCUUCUGGAGGAGGAUGUUGUUGGCCGUGGAGCCCUACCCACUGGUUCUGAACCCGCACCCGACCACGACACAGACCCAGAGCCCGCCAACGAGCUCCACCGCAAGCUAUCGGACAUCAAUGAGCUCCCUGAGCGGGAGAGAUCCGACCCGGACCCAGACCAGGACAAAGACAGCACCAGCGCCUACAACACAGGGGGAGAGAGCUGCAGGACCACCCCUCUGGUCAGCACCGAGUUACUCCCUCUGUCCUUGUCCAUCCAGGAAGAGGGUAGAGGAGGGGACGCACCCAACAAGGUCGGCUCUCGGCGGGGAUGGGAGAAAGGAGGACAUGGUAGUCUGAAUGGUUCCUUCUCUCCCAACAGCUACAGGAAGUACCAGAUCCAAAUGACCAACGCCAGCACAAGCCCCGUCCAUCCAAAAUUCUGGUCUCUGACCCGGGGGGAUAACGUUGUCGGGGGGGGGUCAUCAUCGCAGAGGGGGAUAGCUGAUGGCGGAACAACCGCAACACCCCCACGGAAGUCCCCCAGAGCUAACCCCACACACCACGACAGGUCAGGGGCUCCAACCGCAGAGUCCAGCCCAUACUUCACCCGGCGUCGCCAAGGCAACAAUCCUCCGGCACCGAAACCCUACCAGAGAUGCAUGCAGCUGCCGUCGAGCGACCCGGAGGUCCGGAUGGACUCCCUGGACUCGGCAGACCGAGCCGUGGUCCCGGGGAUGGGUCUAGGCGAGAGAGGGGCUGCAGCGGGCAGCAGUGGUCAGGCCAGUCCCAGGAGUGUUAGUGGUGCCCCAGCAGACAGCACCGAGGCCCAGGACAGCCACACAGGCCUCCCCCUACACCUCCCUCUGCAGCCGGGGCCGGCUUCACCUCGCAUGGAGUGGAAGGUGAAGAUCCGUAGCGACGGGACGCGCUACGUUGCCAAGCGACCAGUGAGGGACCGCCUCCUUAAAGCCCGGGCCAUUAAGAUCAGAGAAGAGCGCAGCGGCAUGACGACGGACGACGACGCGGUCAGCGAGAUGAAGCAGGGACGUUAUUGGUCGAAGGAAGAGCGUAAACAACAGCUGCUGAGGGCCAGGGAGCACCGGCAGCGCCGUGAGUUCAUGAUGCAGAGCCGGCUGGACUACCUGAAGGGAGACAGAGACCUACAGCAGGGACCUGUGGACAGAAAGGCUACAGGAGGACCUCCAGGCCUGCAGGGGGAGACAGGUGGUAGUCCCAGUAUCCUGGCCCUCAGCCAGAAGAAGUUCAUGAAGAAGAGGAACAAGAGGAUCCUGGAUAACUGGGUCACCAUCCAGGAACUACUCGCUCAUGGAUCCAGGUCACCGGAUGGAAAGAAGGUGUAUAAUUCUCUUCUCUCUGUUACUACGGUGUGAUGGAGGGAUGGGAGGAGGAGAGGAGAGGAGA